AGGCGCGAUGCGAGACGUCACAAGCGGGCUAACGUUGAGCCAAACAGCAGCUUCGAGGCACGGGCGGAAAUGAGAAGGAGUUUGGCCCCCAGUCAGGUCGCCAAACGGAAGCAAGGGGAGGAUGAUCAUCGAGACGAAAUAUAGUAUAUUAACCACGAGCGGUUCUCGAGAGAAGAUGAAUGGAGAAAAUUGGGACAGUGAUGAAGAAGUCCAAGUUCCAUGGCCACUCAACAAAGCAGGAGGAAGGAAGCAGUCACAAACCAAAUACGUGGCAAGAAUUCUGAGAUUUGGUGAAGACACACGUGAACUGACGCCAUAUUUGAAAGCCGCUCAGGAUGGCAAGGAUGUACCCCUUACUGGUGAUUUGGAAUAUGGCAGAGGCAAGAGAAACAAACAGCCAAAGUCUUGGUCAUCAGACAGUGAGAGCAAGGAUGAAAGUGUUGAGGAGACUCUAUCUGACAGACAGCAGAAGAAAAAGAGGAAAGUAAGCCGUACAGCUGUGGGAUAUGAUGCUCGGGCACAAUUGAAGGCCCAACUUGCUGCUCUGGGAAGAACUUCACCGAAAGAUACAUGUACAGAAAUGGAAUCCCUGAAGAAGGAAGUCCUCCAGUUGAGAGAGGAAAACAAAUCCCUUCGAGAUGCAUUGAGGGUUGUUGAAGGACUUCCUGGCCUGCUAAUGAAGAUGGACGACUUAUCACGUCAGGCAACAAUACUAUCAGCUCGACGUCCUGCUGUCGCUCUGCCAGAGAGGAGCUGGCCAACAGCAGCUUGACAGGAAAAAAAUCCAAUGCUUUUAAGGAUAAGCAUGAGAAACCAAAACUGGAUGACAAGAAAGUGUCUGCUAUUAUUGAUUUUGUGAAGAAGCUCCAUCCCUCAAGUGAAGCAAAUGUGAUAAAGAAAAUCAUUGGAGUGAAACUGAACAUUGCGCAGAAAAUGGGAAAAAAAGAAGGCCUCAGAAACAAAUUCUGCUGGACGUCUAGCCGUCUCUAACAGUCGGGGAAGCGCGGUGAUCAUGU